AUGGAUAUUCCAACUGUAAAUCAUCAUGUUGGUUCAACUGAACGAGUAUUUAUUGCACAUGUUAAUGAUUUAAAUGAUUUUUAUUUACAUUCAGAUUUCUUUCGUGAUCCACUUCUUAAACUUGGUCAAGAACUUUAUACUGAAUAUUCUGAAUCAUUAACAAAAAAUACUUUAGAAAUAAAUGAAACACUUAAUAUAGGUGAUUAUUGUGCAUGUCCAUCUGAAAGUGAAGAUUGGUAUCGUGGUUUAAUACGUCAAAUAGAUUCAAAUGAUAAUGCUAGUGUAUUUAAAAUUGAUUAUGGUGAUGUACAAUAUAUACCAAUUAAAUUUCUACGACCAUUACAUAAACGUUUUAUUCAAUUACAUCGUUUAGCAUUUCAUUGUUCAUUAGUAAAUUUAAUAAAACCAUUAGAUGGUUGGUCAAUAAAAAUAAUUGAUGAAUUUCGUUCACGAUUAACAACAACAUUUCUUUAUGCAAAAUUUAUUAAUUAUAAUGAAAUAAUAGAUAUAUCAGAAGUUGAAAUAACAGAAAAAUCAUCAAAAAUAUCAUUAAAUAAAGAUUUUCAACAAUAUCAAAUACAACGAUUAGUAAUACCUAUGAAUGAUAAAUUUUUAUAUAAAUAUAUUCCAUUAGAAAGAUUAGAUUAUAUUCAAUCGAAUCAAAUUCGUAUGCUUUAUUAUAUAUGUCCAAGUCGUUUUUAUGUUUAUCUUCGAGAAAAUAUUAAUUCUUAUAUGAGUUUUCAAAAUGAUUUACAAAAAGCUAUACAAAAUCUUCGAUCAAUAUCAAUACCAGUUAAAUAUCAACCAGUUGCUGCACAAGAUAAUCAUGCUAUAUGGCAUCGUGCUGUUAUAUUUGAUUUUGAUUCGGAUUUAACAAAAAUUUAUGUCUAUUUUAUUGAUAUUGGUCAAAGAGAAUAUAUUUCAAUAAAUAAUAUUCGUCCAUUACCAGAAGAAUUUCAUUGUAAACCAGCAUUAGCUAUUCCAUGUUGUUUAUAUAAUAUAUAUCCAUUAAAUGGUAAUGAUCAAUCAAUAUGGGAAUCAAAUGAUCCAGUACAUGAUGAAUUUAAUAGACUUAUGGUUAAUAAUGUUAGUUGUAAAGUACAUUCAAAACAAGAUCAAAUUAUUUAUGAUGUUGAAAUUGAUAUUCCAAAAAUAGGAGAUCUCGGUACAUUUCUUGUUGAUAAUAAAUUAGUUUCUCGUACAACAAUGAAUAAUCAUCCACGUCCGAGCUUUAAUUCAAAUCAACCAUUACAUCAAUCAUAUGUACGAACACAACUUAUGGCAUCAGGAAUGACUCCUAUAAGACAACAACAAAGAUCUACACAACAAAAUGAAUUUUAUAAUAAUCCAAAUAAUAUGUCACAACAAUCACAGAUUCGUAUGUUAAAUACUGGAUUACAAAAUACUAAUAUUCAACAACCUCCUAGUACAUCAACACCUAACAAUUCAUUAUGGCCUAUUUCCACUUUACCACCUCACGAUGGAAUUUAUCUAAUAACACAAGUUCAUAGUGCUGCUGAAUUUUAUGGUGUUUUUCAAUUACGUGAACAUGAUCUAGAAAAUCUAUCAAAACAUUUAGAAGAUUUUUAUAAUAAUAAUUCUGUUAAUGAUCAAUCAUUGAGUGUAAAUGUUCUUGUUAAAGGUGUUCCAUGUGUUGUACAACAUGGUGAUAGAUAUCAUCGUGUUACAAUAAAACAUCGUGAAAGUGAAACACGAGUAUCAGUUAAACUUAUUGAUCGUGGUGAUGAAAUUCUUGUUGAUACAUCAGAAUUAUUACAAAUUGAUAAAAGUUCUGUUUCAAUACCAAACUUUGCUCAACCAUUUCGUUUACGUGGUUAUGAUGAAUCGCAAAAUUCAGCAAAUUUAACUCGUACUUUAAAAAAUUUAAUAUUAAAUAAACAUGUUCAUAUUACAUCAAUAGGUUCAAUAAUUAAUGAAUGUUAUCCUGUUGAAGUUAUUUUAUCUGAUAAUCAAUCUGUUAAUAAAAUACUUUUUUCUUCGGAUAAAAAUAUAUUAAGUCCAACAUCAAUUUCAAAUAAUCGUCCUAAUUUUAAUCAAACACAUACGAAUUAUAUUGCAUCACAAAUAUAUAAUAAUUCAAAUAAACAUCAUCAUGAUCAAGAUUUAACUGGACGUUUUCAAAUGACUCAUAGAACAAAUGAUAUUUUACCAACAUCUACAAAUAUUCCACGUACACAACCUGGUCGAUUUGGAACAGGAAAUUUAACAACAUCAGUUAUAUCUUCAUCUAAUGAACAAAUACCACGUUUUACAAAUAUAAAUAAUCGUAAUAAUCAACAAUAUUCACAAACAAUAGAUUCAAUACCAUCAAAUUCUCUAUGGAAUAAAGAACAAAAUAUGAAACCAAAUUUUAAUAUUACAAAUCAACAAACAUUUACACGACAAUUAUCAAAUUCAUCUAAUAAUCAACGAACUGAUGAUGAUAAAAUAUCUAUGGCAAAUAAUCAAAAUCGUUUAUCAUCAAUACCUUAUGUUAAUCAACAAACAUCAUUUGAACAAAAACGUUCAAUUGAUGGUGCUAGUGGAUUUUCUCAUGAAGAUCGUAAUGAAAAAUUAAUGAGAGGAAAUCAUUUUCAAAAAUAUGAUGAUAGAACAAAUGAAAAUAGUUUUCGACGAGGUGGUUUUAAUCGUGGUAAUGAAUCUUCUGAUCGAGGAGGUCAGGGUGGUUUUAAUGAUCGUCAUAUGAAUCGAAGUAAUGAUGGCACUAAUAAUGAUUAUAAUGCAUCUUCUUCAGGUGCGUUCUCUAAACGUGGUGGAGGUUUUCAUGAUCGAGGUCGUGGUGGAAAUUUUCAUGAUCGAAAUAAUUUUAAUCGAAAUCAAAAUGAUGAUCAUUAUGAAAAUAAUAUGCAACGAUCACAAAAUUUCAAUAAUAAUACUCGUGGUAGUUUUCAAAAUCGUCGUGAUCAAACAGAUAAUCGAGAUCAUGGAGAGUUUGGACGACGAGGUCAACGUGGUGGUCAACGCGGAGGUGGUUUUAAUAAUAAUCGUGGUGGUAGUGAUCGUAAUAAUUUUCGAGAUCGUGAUAGUACUGGAUUACAAUUAAGUUUGAAUAAUAAUAAUACAACAAAAACAUUUAAUAAUUUCUCAACUAUACGAACAACAAAUAUUAAUUUUGAAGCUGGUGAUCAUUUUAUUGAAAAUGAAAUACCAAAAGAUAUAUUUAAAUAUGUGAUUAGUCAUAUUGAAACAGUAAAUGAUUUUUUUAUACAAAUAUUAUCUAAAGGUGAUGAACUAUCAAUAUUAAGUGAAACUUUACAAAAUGAAUAUUCACAAGCACCAGAAAUAAAUUUAAGUUCAUUAAAAAUUGGUCAAGCAUGUUUAGCUAAAAGUGUUGAUAAUUGUUGGUAUAGAGCUGUUGUCGUUUUAACUGAUAUUAAUAAAAUAAAAGUUCGUUUUAUUGAUUUUGGUGAUACAACUGAAGUUAAUUCAAAAACAAUACGACAAUUAGAAAAAAAACAUUGUUUAGCAUCUCCUUAUGCUUAUCAAUGUAAAUUUGAAAAUAUUCAAAUUCUUAAUAAUGUAAAUAUAGAAAUAAUAAUAAAUCAAUGUGCUGGUAAAGAAUUUCAAGGAAAAAUAAAAUUAAAAACUUCAGAUAAUAAAUUUAUUCUUGAAUCUGAUGAUUUUCUUCAAAUUUUACUUCAAACAAAUGCAAUUAAAUUAAAAUCUGAAAAUACAUUAAAACGUCUUCAUUGUCUUAUUGUUCAUAUUGAAUCUAAUCAACAUGAAUUUUUUAUUCAAGAUGAUAAAGAAACAGUAGAUAAAAUAGCUGAUCUUAUUAAUAAUGAAAUAUCAAAUACUCCAACGUUAACAAUUGAUGAAGUUAACCAAUUAUUACCAAAUACAAUAGUUAUUGCUACAUUUGAAAAUGAACCAUAUCGUGCUAUUAUACAAUCAAAUGAAUCUAAUAAUGAUAAUAUUAAUGUUUGUUAUAUUGAUUAUGGUAAUACAAAUAUAUGUUCAAAAACAUCAUUAAAAUCUUGUAGUGAACAAUUAAGUUCAUAUCCAUAUCAAAGUAAACGAUGUCAAUUAUAUGGUAUUAAAUCAAAUGAAAUAGAUAAUGCAUUUCAAUAUAUUGAAGAUAAAUCAGAUUCAGAAAAUAUUGAAAUUUCAAUAAUUAAUGAAAAAAAUUCUUUAUUUAAUGUUAUUCUUUAUAUUGAUAAUGAAUGUAUUAAUGAAAAAUUUGGAUAUGAUAUAAAUUCAAUUGAAAAUAUUAUUGAAACUCAUGAUCAAUCAAGUAUAGCAACAACAACAACAACAAUAGAAUCUAAAGAACAAGAACAACAAAUAUUAGUAGAUGAUAAACAAACUAAUGAUGAUAUUUUAUCACAAAAUGAAACUUCAAUAGUUUCACAACCUGAGAACAAUGAACCAAUGAUAGAAGAAACUUUAUCAGAAUAUUGUCAAGGUUUAUUAACAUAUGUCGAACCAAAUAAACCAUAUGUAUAUAUACAAUUAUUACCUGAAUCUGAAUUAAUUAUUGAAAAAAUUGAUCAAUUAAUUGAUAAAAUAAUAAAUGAAAAUAAACGUAAUUCAUCCUAUGAAAUAGGUGAUCAUGUUAUAGCACAAUUUACACAAGAUGAUCAUUAUUAUCGUGCUAGAAUUGAAUCAUAUUCUACAUCAACAAAUUUUUAUACAGUUUAUUUUAUUGAUUAUGGUAAUCUUGAUGAUAAUAUAAAAUUAAAUCAUUUAUAUUCAUAUUCUAAUGAAUUAGAAAAUAUUGAACCACAAACACAUGGUUAUUUAUUAAAUAAUAUUGAUGUUAAUUUAUGGACAAAAAAAUUAUAUUCAAUAAUAGAAAAUAAAUUAAAUGAUAUUAUUGAAUUUUCUAUUAUAGAUAAUAAUAAUUCUAUUAUUGAUAUUAAACUUGAUAAUAAUAAUUUUGAAGAAGAAGAAAAAAAAAUUUUAUCAGCUAAUAUAUCAGCUAUUGAUGAAAAUUUUUUUUAUAUACAUAUAUUACCUGAUGAUAAUUUACAUGUAUGUGAAAUAGAAGAAUAUUUACAAAUAUGUGAUAAACAAAAUAAAGAUAAUUGGUUAAUAAAUGAUUUAUGUAUUGUUUUAAAUCAUGAUAAUAAAUAUUAUCGUGGUCAAAUUCUUAAUAUUAUUGAUAAUAAAUAUAAUAUUCGUUGUAUUGAUUAUGGAAAUAUUUUAACAAAUAUAACACAUAAUCAUUUAUUUAUAUUAUUAGAUGAUGAAAUUUUAAAACAAUUACCAUUAGCACAUAAAUGUCAAUUAUAUGGUAUUGAUGAUAUUUAUCAAAAAAAAGCUAUUGAUGAUAUUAUACAAUAUAUACCAAUAACAGAAUCUAUUACAAUUCAUAUUGAAAAUCAUGAUGAAAAUAAUCAAUGUUUAUUUGUUACACUUAUAAGAGAAAAUAAUGAUAAUAUUAAUGCUCAAUAUUUAUUAAAUGAUAAGAUUGAAGAUGAAAAUAAGCAGGAGUCAGAUACGAACGAAAAAAAUGAAAUAAUAUUAUCGAAUUCAUCUGAUAUAGUUAAUAUUGAUGAACAAAAAACAUCACAAAUUGAAAAUAAUAAUAAUAAUGAUCAAUCUGAUGAUAUAACAAAUGUAACUGAAAAUAGUUCAUCAUUAUCAAUGUCAAAUAAUAAUCAAACAAUUGAUUUUGGUGAAAAUGAUUCAUUAACAACAAUAAAAGAUGAAACAAAUGAUUCAAUAUCAUCAAAUUAA